GCUAUUUUAUGUUGUUAUUUUAUUGAUAAAGCAUCCUUUGGGGCCGUCUUUACAAAUCUUGGUGCGAGCGGAAGAUUUGGUCCAACAACGCUGGGCAGUUACUAUACAGGUCAGGAUCACGACGGACAAGUGAAAUUGUCGAGCGGUAUUCAACAAUGGACUGUGCCGUACACUGGUGAAUACAGAGUAGAAGCAAUAGGAGCAGCUGGAGGGUACGGUAAGACCAAGGACAAAAAGAGCAGCACCUCUAGUUACAGAGGAAGAGGUGCAAGAAUGGUUGGAAGUUUCAGUUUAUCAAAAGGUGAGAUUAUUCACAUACUUGUUGGUCAAGAAGGAACAAUCAACAACAGUCCAAAGUAUCCGUUCGCUAGUGGAGGUGGUGGAGGGACAUUUGUCGUUAGAGGUGGUAGUACACCCUUAAUAAUAGCUGGAGGUGGUGGGGGCAUGGAUACAUUACUUUCAAGGCAGCCUGGAUGCGACGCCAGUGUAAGCACAACAGGGAAUCCUGGAUACAGAUCAUGGUCAGGGGGGAGCAAUGGACAUGGUGCACAGACUGCUGAUAAUGAUAAUUCUGGUAAGGUUAUAGCACGAUCACAUAACCCUCUUCAGCUUUGUGCGCUGAAGCUGCCGUGUCUUCUUGUGUAAUAUAUAGGAGUGUACAAAGUCGAAUGGGAUCUUGCUACUUUUAAGAAGUAACUAAUAAUCUGUUUAACAAAUAGACACCUUGACUGUCCUUUAUUCUGUUGUAAAGCACGUAGGAAGCGGCCAGAGCACGGAAGAAGUGAGGGAGAAACACGAGACGUGGCCAAAUGUUUCUCUCUACUUCUUGAGCUCUGUGCAUAAAGGGUUUUAGCGCAAGUCUUAUCCAGUUGCAUUGAGGGGUCAUUUUACCAUGUUAGUCGUAUUACGUUACUAACCUGGUGGAAAUCGUUUGAUAGAUUUUUUGUGAUAUUCUGAUAAUACCAAGGGAAAGGUUCUAUAUGGUCUAGCGUUUUUAUAAAGACAUGAAAUAAAUCGAAAGGUGGAAUUAAUCAGAGGAGUUUUAAGAUAAUUUAGCUUAAUUUGAUAAAGUUUGUGUUCAUAGUUACAUCAAUAGUUCAGCUCUUGAAAACUGGCAUUUAAAGUAUGUCCUUUCUCAUCGGAAAAUUGAGUUUAGUAUGUAUCACAGGAGAUUAAGUGAUUAUGAUAUUUUUCGACAAUUAAGAUGUAUUUCCCCUCCUUUCAUCUUGCCUACAUUUUUCUUAAGAGUGUAUUUGAUAAUAACUGCAUUUUUGGUUCAAAAAUAUUUCCCCCAGUUGACUAUGUAGAGAAAUUAUCAUUCAUUUCUUUAUUUUCUUUUGUUUUUACUAUAUUUCAUUCUUGUUAUGACUUUAAUAACAGGUGGCGGCGGGGGCGGUUUUUACUCCAGUGGAAGAAGUUCCAAGAUGUUUGGUGGCACCAUGGGAGAUGGUGGAGAAGGUGGCAAAGGUUUUCUUCAAGGAGGAGUGGGUGGAAGAGCCAAAUUUGACAAUAUUGCGGGUGGUUUUGGUGGUGGUGGUGGUUCAACUGGUUUGGGGGGAGGCGCCGGAGGAGGAGGAGGGUACUCUGGGGGGAGCAGCGGAGAUAAUGAAUACGAUUCCUGUGGGGGUGGGGGAGGCUCCUACAAUGUUGGUAAAGAUCAGCAGAGUGAAUGUUGUUAUAAUGCAGCUGGUCACGGUCGGGUGAUCAUUACACUGCUGUAG